AUGGUUAACUCUUCGGUCUUCGAUCGGACUGUCUCGGAGCCGGGCUCGUAUGCUACUGCGAAUGCUGUGGUCAAGCUGAAAUCCUUUGAGUUCCAUUUCCGUAGAGAGCCAGCUGAGUUUGUUCCUGACCCUGACUUCGUUCCUUUCCUAUGGGAGAAGAGGAAUGAUGGAAAUGAUGAUGGGGGGGCUAAUGAGGCGGAGGAGGAUGAUGCUAUGGACACCUCUGAGGGACGCGGUGACCCGUCGGUUACGGCUGUUUCGCAGGGUCAGAGUGGAGGAUCGGGUGGCGGUGGCAGUUCUAAUACCGGUAUUUCGAGGGGGGCUGGUGCUAUCUUGGCGUUGACUCCGUUUAAUAACGAUCCACAAACCACGGUGGCUAAGGAGGUCGUCGCGAGGCUUCGGGAGGUUAGCCCGGAGCUUGAGAGGCGUCUCACCCCAGUGGAACCGACCGCUUCCGACUUGGCUGCGGCUUUCUCUCCGGUUUCUUCUUCGCCGAGCAUGCCUCCUGGGAGGCCGGUCCUCCCCGCCAGGGGCAGGGUGCAUACUCUCGCCAGGACGCCCUCGGGGACACCGCGCUCCCUCGGCUCUUCGCUUUCCUCGCCGUCCCAUCGUCGCGCUUAUGGCGGACAGCCGGGAGAGUCUGUCCACGCCCUCGGUCCGACCGCUGUGCGCAGCGAUGCUCCUGCCCCUCCUGCCUCGGUUGUGGGGCGAAGCACACAGGCCCCGGCUGCUGCUGCUGUGCAGCCAACCGCUGCUGCUGUGAUGCCGGCCGAGGCCGGGUAUAGCGUGCAGCAUGGCGCGGGUUCGGCUGCUGCUGCAGCUAGCAGCCAUGCGGCUCUCGUGGUUGUGGAGGAUGGCGCGCAGGCGUCCCAGGCGGCUGCUGCUCCUCCGCUGAAAGGUGCCGCGGCGCACAAGCAGCAACGCGGGCCCGUGGCGGCUGCUGCUGCGACCCGCCACGCUGCUGCUUCCUCGGCGACAGCGGAGGAGAGGUGCCGGCUGGCCGCUACUGCAGCGACGGCGGCGCGGCGUGAGCUGGUGGAGGCGGCGGCCUCGGUCGCCCCGUCUUCGGGGCUCUGCGCGGAGACAGCGGCUCUGCUGCGGACGUCUCAGCGGUCGGACGGUGGAGGUCUCGGCCACGACAGGUCGUUGGCGGCCAAGGCGCCCACGUCUCAGCAGUCCUCGACGCUCGCUAAGUCCGUCACCGGGGGGGGCCUGCGCCGUCCACUCCUCCCCCUAAGAUGGCAUCCUCAGGCCGCGUCAAGUCGGUCACCCCUUCGCGUAGGAGCACGCGACAUGGGGUGGCUGCAGAUGGCGCGGAAACCACGGACGAGGACUCCUUAG